UCAGGAAGGAGCUAUGAUACGAUUUGCUGGAAUACAAAUGUUAGUUGGUGCUGAUAAACUUUCAAACUUAAACAAAGCUACUGAACUUGUUUCAAAGGCUGCGAAAGCUGGAGCUAAGCUAGUUUCACUACCAGAAUGCUUCAAUUGUCCGUAUGGAAACCAGUACUUUGCUGAAUAUGCUGAAAAGAUACCUGAUGGACAGUCUUACAACCACUUAAAAAUGCUUGCACUUGAGCAUGAAAUACAUUUGAUUGGUGGCACUAUACCAGAAGAAUGUGAUGGAAACUUAUAUAAUACAAGUUUAGUUUUUAGCCCCGAUGGAGAAUUAAUAGCAAAGCACCGUAAAGUUCACUUGUUUGACAUAGACAUACCCGGGAAAAUUAAGUUCAAAGAAUCAGAUACUCUAUGUCCAGGUAGCAGCAUCACCACAUUCAAUGUUAAUGAGUUUACAGUAGGACUGGGUAUCUGUUAUGAUAUACGGUUCCCUGAACAGGCACACAUUAUGAGGGAUCAAGGGGCUCAUAUCAUGAUUUAUCCAGGGGCAUUCAACAUGACCACUGGACCUGUUUACUUCGAGCUUCUGAACCGAGCUAGGGCUGUUGACAACCAAGUUUACUGCUCUAGUAUUGCUCCUGCAACUGACAACACAGCAACUUACACAAGUUGGGGACAUUCUUUGAUCUGUGCGCCUACUGGUGUGGUAGUAGACAGUGCUUUACAUGAUGAGCAGAUUGUGUAUUGUGAUAUGAGUAUGAGAGAGAUACAGGAUAUUCGAGAGGGAAUACCUACAUCGAAACAAAAAAGGAGUGAUAUUUACAAGUUGGUUCAUGUGCAAAAAUAAGUUUUACUGCGAGAAAAUUGAAUUAAAUUGAAUUAAACGAAUGCACUCACAGUCAAUAGAUGCUUUGAUUUAGUUACUCAAUUUGUUUAUGAUUAAAAUGAUUGACUUUUCAUCAAAAACUAAUGAUUCAUUAUUCCCCAUAUCAUUUUCUACAUUAUAAUUAACACCCUGAAAACACAUUUUUAAUUUCCUUGAAUUAAUAAACAACAACUCUUGCCUAAAAGCAACCAGUCAUACCAUUAUAUUACUGUCUCUUGAAACAACUCUUGAUCCACCAUCCUCAGAGCCAGACACUUCCUUUUAUAUCCCAGAAAAUUAUAGUUGCCGUUGUGAAUGGUAAGAGUGCCCCUUUGCCCUGUCAACUAUAA